CAGUGAUGGCACGACACGGGAAUCAUGGCCCGUGUGCUUUCUCUGGCUUGUCUUCCAGACACGUCACACGAGGAGCAGAACUGUGCUUGUGUGUACUUGUGUUUGUGUGUGCUUGUGUGUGUGUUCAGUGGAUUAACAAAGUGUUCUUUGUUGGUAAACUGACGCAGCUUUGACGCGAAAACUCUGACGCCAAUAUGUCCAGAUCGAUGUAUAUCACUGCUUUCUGCGGAGUUCUGGUCUGCCUUCUUAUGUUUACCAGUGGCGUCAGUGCCAAUGAGAUCCCUGCAAUGGUCAGCAAGGAAUCUCUACCGGAACUCUUCGAGAAGUCCCUGAGGGCAGUGGAAAAGGCCAUCAACUUUUUCGGCGAAGACUACUCAGCGCUGAAUGUAGAUGGCUUGUUUGGCAUCCGGAUAUGUCAAGGAGCCCUACUCCAAGCCAAGCAAGACUGUGAGUCGGGUAAACUGGACUGUCCGGUGGACCUGGUCUAUACCCUCAACAAGUAUGUUACUUCUAUGGACGACUAUGGAAACAAGGCCUUGGCAUACAUUGAGGCUGAAGACUCUUCCUACUUUGAACAAUUUCUGGACACCAUUAAUAGUCCAUACACAUUCGAUGUCAAACUGGACAGCCUCGGGGACACUUCAGGCGUGACGCCUGGUACUGAUGGUAGUUAUGACGAGGUCAGAGGAGAUCGAUGCCUCUCGCUCAUUCUAGGCUCGUACGAGAAAAAUGAAGGCAAAUAUCCGAAGUGUUCCGUUGAUCAGGAGUGUUGGACCAUGAUGACCAAAGGAAACACAAUGGCCUACGUCAUCACUCAUCAGCUUCUGUACUUCGUCAUGGUUGAAAAGUCAGGAUGCGUGGCACCGAUUGAGGAGCUCGUCUACAAAUACAACAAGACAUCUCUACGAGACUUUGAGAAGCGGCUCUGUAAGAGCAUCUACGUAGAAGCUCAACAGGAAGAAGUAGGUAACUCUGUCAAAGAGUUGAAGCAAGACCUCUUCCUUGAACAGUUACUUCUGUGCAGUCUGGUCGGGUUCCAAGAGUUUUUCCAAGAGAAGUGGAUCCGGCUGGUGUUGAGCUGGCAAAAACCUCGAGGCUGCUACGGUAUGCCCGCCUCUUUGAUGAAGGUGGAGGCCGAGCUGACUAGAGUACAGGAAGACGAGAAGCACCUGCUCCAACUGUUGACGGAAGAGGCCGAGAAAAUAGAUUCAAAUCCUCACGGACGUAAACUUCUCAGAGAAAAAAUAAUGACAAGUGACUGUCUCUCUCAUAAAACGGGCCUUGCUUUUGGAAAUCUGGGAUUGCAGUUACGUUACCUGAUCAAUGCUUUGUUUACUUCCUAACGCACUCGUGUGCACUGCUGUAUUCACAAUGACUAGAUAUUCAAUGUCUUACCUGUUAUAUGUACAUUCUGGGCUUGGCUGGCAGUCUCUGCUGGGGUGUGGAUGUAACAUAACAAAGGGACAGCCAUUCAUUCAUGUGUGUUGGGGACUUUCUUAAAUUAUUAUCUUUUUGAAGGAUUUAUUGUUCAAGCUAUACUACCCAUUGUUUAAAGUGUAUUCAUUCUUUACAUUUUAGCAUACGAUUUUACUGGGUUUAUUUUUAAUGUUGUAGAUUUGAUUGUACAAGAAUUUAAUGAUUCAAUGUAUUCAAAUUUAGACCACUAACUACCGUGGUCACUAUUAGUUGAGCUAUGCCAUUAAAUACGUGUAAGUAAAGAAUAUCAUUGAGAACUAAAUAUAUAGAAAGCGAGAGCCACGCCUUGCACACUCUAGAAGUUAUUAAGUCUAGCUCCGGCUGUGCAGACAAUGGAUAUGACUUUGAUGAAGCGAAAAUAAGGUAGAUCAUAAAAGUUUGUAUAGUUCAUGAUUUGGAAUGUUGACAUUAGUUAUUCAGUCAGGCCAUCUUGACAUCUUAGCUAACAUUGCGAGCAUUGCUAAACAGAGUUCGAUUGUCCAUAAAUGCAAGCUUCAUGAUAAUGAUAAUAGAUCCAUUGGAAACGUUCAUACAUAGAGGCAAAUCUAUAAAUAGCAAGCGUUUUGGUAUAUCCGGUGUACAGAAUAAAGGAAAUUUAAUGUUGAUAAGCUAGGUGUUUUUUGUUAAGUUAGAUUUUUUUUAGCCCUUUUUAACACUGCAGAAUCAAAGUUUGUAAGUUCUUCAGUUGGUAGCUUUUAUUUAAUUUGGAAGAUUAAAAUUCACUUUAGCGUCCUUGAAAUUGUUUAGUUUAUAUGAUAAAAAUGUAAAAUAUUAACAAUCAAUCCGCCUCACAAAAAGACUAGUCCAUAGUUAUAUAUAUAUCUGUGGCAUUUUACGUCUCGAGAGACGAUCUUUUCCCUUUGCAACUUCUAGUGUGACUAAAGAGACCAAUCCUUGAUACACAGCUGCUGUCGAAGGUUGGGCAUAUGUCGUCACCAGGCGCCGUUGCAUUUUCACCCUUCUUUCUGCUUCUGUUGUGGGUGGCAUCUGCUAUCCGAUACCCUUCCUUUAUGCUCUCUCUCCA